CGCCCACCCACAUUCUGUGUUCACUGCGCAACCCCCGCGUUCUACUUCACCAUGGCUGACGCGCACACUCCACUUAUCUCAGCACCGGCGCAGCCUGUAAGACUGGCCUUUCCCUUGGGACUAUGCUCCGAACGUGUGAGGCCAUAUGUUGAACUGAUCCGCUUCCAAAAGCCCACGGGCAGCAUUCUUAUGUUUUGGCCCUUCGCCUGGGGCUUGACUUUGGCCGCCUUCCGUACUGACAUGCCUCUGGGAAAAUACUGGGUCGAGCUCGCUAUAUCCGUAGCUGCCGCUGUGGUUGUCCGUGGCUCUGCGUGCACUAUAAACGACAUCUUUGACCGGGAGUACGAUGCUGGGGUUGAACGUACCAAAGGCCGGCCUCUCGCAAGCGGUAGAAUCUCAGUCCGUGCUGCGUCGAUUUACCUCCUUGUGCAGUACCUUCUUGGUAUCGCCUUGUUCGCGCUCUACAAUAAGCCCGCAUUCAUUGCUGGACUAAUCCAGCUUCUCCCACUCUUCCUCGUCUACCCCUUGAUGAAACGCAUCACCCAUCUGCCUCAAGCUUGGCUGGGCAUCUGCAUGAACUUCGGUCUGAUCGUUGCUUGGGCUGCAGUCACUGGGGGCUUUGAUAUUCGCCUUCUUGCCGUCCUGAUGGUGGGAACUUGGGGCUGGACGAUGCAUUACGACACAAUAUACGCAUGCCAAGAUAGGCGCGACGACGUGAAGGUCGGAGUCAAGUCUGCGGCGAUUCUGCUUGGUGACUACGCCGGUCCCGUAUGCUUCGCUCUGUCGAUGAUGUUCGUCAGCAUGCUGGCCUAUGCUGGAGUCCUCAACGGUCAAUCACCAUACUACUUCGUCAUCAGCGUGGGUGGCACCGCCGCCCACAUCAUCUAUCAAUAUGUUCUUGUCGACCUCCAAGUUCCGACGAGCUGCGGUCGAUUCUUCGACAUGAACGGACGCAUGGGCAUCAUCACCUGGUUGGGUAUGUUGGUCGACUACCUCGUCAAGAUCGAUGCCAUUCCUCUCCCCAAACUCUAGAUACUCUGAAAUAUCGCGGCGUUUCCUGGUCUCGCCUUUCUCUUGUACCUUCCGCCCUUCCACCUGCCGGUCUGCCGCGCAAAUCUCUGAGUACGGUUUGUACAUUCUGAAUGUUGUUGUAUAUUCGGCCGCGUGUUCAUAUCAUGUCCUGCAAUGGAAAUGUGAAUGGAC